CAUUUUUUGACUGGCAGAAAAUUUGGUGAAGCGCGCAAGAUCGCUCAAACGACACGCCUAAGUAUCAAAGACAGAUACACAGCAGCAGUAUGUCUGAUACGGAGAAAACAAACCUGACUCCCGCCCCUGCGGCGGCGGAGAAGACUCUCGGCAUGCGCAGGAAUGGCAAGCAAUGGCAUGCACCCAAGAAGGCCUUCCGACCUACCGCUGGCCUGAAGUCAUAUGAGAAGCGAACCCAAGAGCGAGCUCUCAUGGCGCAAGUCAAGGCCAAGGAGAAGGAGAUGAAGGACGAGAAGGAACAGGAGCGCCAGCGCAAGAUUGCAGCCAUCAAGGAGAAGCGAGCGAAGAAGGAGGAGGCUGAGCGAUACGAGAAGAUGGCCGAGAAGAUGCACAAGAAGCGAGUCGAGCGACUAAAGCGCAAGGAGAAGCGAAACAAGCUAAUCAACUCAUGAUCGCGGGAUGGUUUUGGUGGUUGAAAUUUGAUUGGAGCAGACAUACAUCGACAGCACUAUGAUUUACGAUGCGGUAUACCUCAGACUACAACUUGAAACGGAAAGAUUAGGUUAGACAAUACGGGAGCAGCACAAUAUACCUGGGCGUUGGAUUAUGCGAUCAAAUCUUGGCAGAUCAAGUACCGGGUUCUCCGGCUAUCGAGUGAUUCUUUGUCUUUGUGUGAUU